GAUGUCAGACAACCAGCUGAGUCUAUAUGCUCCACGCAGAGUCCGUCUUCAUCUGUUUGCUCUCUUACCCAGUUCAAUGGCUAAUAUGCGCCAUUGCUUCUGAAUACUGAUCUCUCACUUUGAUGAAUCACGUCCUAGAUUGAUACCGCGGUGCGAAGAGGUAAAAACAACCGUGUUGAUCCGUGCGUCAUCGGGACUCCAGCGGCGAUGGCAGCAUCUACUGUUUCUCCACCGUGCCUCAAACCGGAGUAAAGGAAUCACUAACUGAGCACAGCGACCAGCGCUUUAACCAACCCACUGGCCAAUCACUCCGUGUGUGCAUCUCAAACCGGAUGACCUCCGGAGUGACGCGUAUCUCCGGCCAGAGUGCGUGGGGAGCAGCGCCGGAGGAGAUGCGCAUAUCUGCAGGUCUCUAGCGCUGUCGUAAAACAAGAGUCGGCAGUCAGUCCGCUAUCAUUUGGGCAAUGCCAGGGGUAACCAAAUACAAUUUAGUGGAUGAUGCGCACGAUUUGAGGAUCCCCAUGCACAACGAGGAGGUGUUUAAACAUGGUGUGUGCUUCGAGGCAAAGUACAUUGGCAGUUUGGAGGUGGGACGCCCUGGCAGUCGAAUGGAGAUAGUUGCUGCAAUGAGGAGAAUCAGAUAUGAAUUCAAACUGAAGAACAUAAAGAAAAAGAAGGUCAACAUUGUCGUGUCCACUGAUUACGUCAAAGUGAUUUUGCACAAAAAGAAGAAGAGAAAAGGGCGGUCAUGGGAUGAGGAUACCAUCUUGGUGACACAGGAUCCCAUCUACAGGAUUUUUUAUGUCUCCCAUGAUGCUCAAGACUUGAAGAUCUUCAGUUAUAUAGCAAGGGAUGGACAGAGCAACGUUUUCCGCUGCAAUGUUUUCAAAUCUAAGAGGAAGUCUCAGGCCAUGAGGAUUGUUCGGACGGUGGGGCAGGCAUUCGAUGUCUGUCACCAGCUGACUCUGCAGCAGAAAAGCGAUGACCAGGAGGAUGAGGAAGAGAAGGCCGAGGAGUCCGAGGCAGCGCCAGCAAAGAAGAAGCUGGCAUUGUCGGAAGAGACGGACCUUGAAGCUACUACAGAGGAGAGCAUUGAAUGUGUCUCUUCAUCAGACCUGGAGAAGAGCAAAAAGGACGAGGCCUUCAGGAACGAUGACAAGGUGUCCGAUGACCCAUCUCUUCUCCUGAGCUCUCCCAUGCUCGGAGCGUCUGUGUUGGUUCAGUCAGCAGCAGAGGGGCCACGCUCUGCAAAGUACCAUGUCCAACUCCUACAGAAGCAACUGCAGCAGCAGGAGCAGCAGGCACUGGCAGCUACAGCACAGGUUCUGGUGCUCCAGGACCAGCUGUCACUGGAGGUGUGUGCGCGGACUGAAGCCCAGGCCAGAGUGCAGAGGCUGCUGCAGCAGAACACUGACCUGCUGCAACACAUUUCCUUGCUGGUUAAACAGAUCCAGGAACUGGAGCUCAAAGCUGCUGGCCAGUUGACAUCUAUGGGCUCCCAGGACAGCCUUCUCGAGAUCACUUUUCGCGCCAGGCCCCCCAGCACGCUCCUUGAACCCCUCACCCCCUCUUCAUCCACGGGCCCAUUAGCAGCUCAGUCCCAGCUCCAGAUAAAUGACAGCGCUUGGGUGUCCGCCCUUUCUGGGCCCUGCUCUCCAGGCACCAUGGGCACCAACACCAGUCCUCUGGGGCUCAGUGGCAGCGGGGUUCGGCUUGAAUGCUUUCGUUUCUCCUCCCAGGGCCCAGACAGCCAGGAGCAGGGCCAGAACACAGGGGACACUCCCAGUGACGGAGCCACAGAUGAAAGCUCACUGCUGGGGGAGCAGGUUUUGGGAGCCCUUGAGCUGCUUCGGUUUAGGGAGUCAGGGAUUGGAUCAGAAUAUGAGUCCAACACAGAUGAGAGUGAUGAUCGGGACAGCUGGGGGCAGGGAGAGGGUGUCGGGGCUGACAGUACAGCUCGACUCUUAAAUGUCCUGAAUGUCGAGAGUCUGUCGGACUGCUUAGGAGAUGAGAUGGCUGUGUAGUAGUGCAACUUCAUACUUGCACACUACUCAAGUGGGGAAAAUUCUGAAUCUGAAGGACUUUAUCACAUACAUAUGUAUUGUGACAUCAGUAAACAUCAUCAUCUGCAGGCAUAUAAUAUGUGGGGGGCUGGUACAGCACGGAGUGUUUCCUCACCACUGUUUGGACAAGCUUAAAAUUUUAUCUUUACAUUUUAAUUUGUCAUUUUGAGAAGAUGCCCCAUUUGCUUAAAGGAUAAGGCAAAUCAUUUUCUAUACUAAUAG